CUUCCCGCUCUACCAGGCCGCUGCGGCCAUUGUCCAGCAGCGGUGCGGCUAAGGCCGCUUUGGGCUGCCUCGAGCGCUUCAGAAUUGCAGAGCACUAAGCCUGCAGCGGGGGCGGGAGCCUCGGCCGGAGCCCCGUGUGGGCCCGAGGCUGCGAAGUCUGGAGCCCCAGCAGGCGGUGAUUCCGAGAGCGCGGGUCGGGGCGGCCCCUCCCACGAGCUUGGCACCCUGUCCCUGGAAGCCCUGCCCGGCGACGCAGGGAUGGCCCCGAGGCCUCCGACGGCCAGGCACCAGGAAUCACUGACAUUUAAGGAUGUAGCUGUGAACUUCACCCAGGAAGAAUGGCACCACGUGGAUGCUGCUCAGAGGCGCUUGUACAGGGAUGUGAUGCUGGAGAACUAUAGCCACUUGGUUUCUCUUGGAUAUCAAGUUUCCAAGCCAGAGGUGAUCUUCAAAUUGGAGCAAGGAGAAGAACCAUGGAUAGCAGAGGGAGAAAUCCAAAGACCUGUCUGUCCAGACUGGAAGACCAGGCCUGAAGCCAAAUCUUCACAUCUGCAGCAGAGCAUAUCUAAAGUAUCCCUUAGCACAGAUGAGCUCUCACAUACCAUGGGAGAAGAUGCUUGGGACCUUAAUGGCCAGUUAGAAAGGCAUAAGGAAAACUGGAAGAGACAUCUGGGGCCAGAUUCAUCCACCCGGAAGAAAAUAAUCACACCAGAGGAAACUUGUGAGCAAAAUACAUUUGGUGAAACCUGUAGAUUGAACACAGACCUGGUUACACAACUGAACAUUCCUCCAGGGUCUAGUGAAUGUGAUACCUUUGGGAGCAAUUUGGGACAUAAUUCAGACUUACUUAAUCAGAAUAAUAUCCUUGCAAAAAAGAAACCUUAUAAAUGCAAUAAAUGUAGAAAAGCAUUUAUUCACAGAUCAUCUCUGACUAAACAUGAGAAAACUCAUAAAGGAGACGGAGCUUUCCCCACUGGUACAGAUCAGGGAAUUUACCCUGGAAAGAAGCACCAUGAAUGUACUGACUGUGGGAAAACCUUUCUCUGGAAGACACAACUUACUGAGCAUCAGAGAAUUCACACUGGAGAGAAACCCUUUGAAUGUAAUGUGUGUGGGAAGGCCUUCAGGCAUAGCUCCUCCCUAGGUCAGCAUGAGAAUGCUCAUACUGGAGAGAAACCCUAUCAGUGUAGUCUUUGUGGGAAAGCCUUCCAGCGCAGCUCCUCUCUCGUUCAGCACCAGAGAAUUCACACGGGAGAAAAACCUUAUCGAUGUAAUUUGUGUGGGAGGUCAUUUAGGCACGGCACAUCCCUCACUCAGCAUGAGGUUACACACAGUGGAGAGAAACCCUUCCAGUGUAAGGAAUGUGGGAAAGCUUUUAGUCGAUGUUCUUCUCUUGUCCAACAUGAGAGGACACAUACAGGAGAGAAACCUUUCGAAUGUAGCAUAUGUGGGAGAGCUUUUGGUCAGAGCCCAUCCCUUUACAAACACAUGAGGAUUCAUAAGAGAGGCAAACCAUACCAAAGCAAUAACUAUAGCAUAGAUUUCAAGCACAGCUCAUCUCUUACUCAAGAUGAAAGCAAUGUCACUGAAGUGAAAUCCUAUCAUUGCAAUGCCUGUGGGGAAGACUUUAGUCACAUUGCAGACUUCUCUGACCAUCAGAGGAUCCACACUGGAGACAAGAACCCCUAUGAUUGUGAGCAGGCCUUCAUUCAACAACCUAUUUCUCACCCUGGUGAGAAACCCUAUCAAUGUAAUGUAUGUGGAAAAGCUUUCAAAAGGAGUACGAGUUUCAUAGAGCAUCACAGAAUUCAUACUGGGGAAAAACCAUAUGAAUGUAAUGAAUGUGGAGAAGCUUUCAGUCGACGCUCAUCACUGACUCAACAUGAGAGAACCCACACUGGAGAGAAACCCUAUGAAUGUAUUGACUGUGGGAAAGCCUUCAGUCAGAGUUCAUCCCUCAUUCAGCAUGAGAGAACUCAUACUGGAGAAAAACCCUAUGAAUGUAAUGAAUGUGGGCGAGCUUUCCGAAAGAAGACCAAUCUGCAUGAUCAUCAAAGAAUCCAUACUGGAGAAAAACCCUAUGCUUGUAAGGAAUGUGGGAAAAACUUCAGUCGAAGCUCAGCUCUUACUAAACAUCUGCGAAUUCAUACACGAAAUAAACUCUAAGGCCCUUGACAUUAAGAAAUACGAAGAAAGCUUUAGUUAAAAUAUUACUCAGUAUCAGACGAUUCUUACUGGAGAGGAAGCUUGAGGAUAUAAUGAAUUGUGUGUGUGUGCAUGCACACAUGCAUGCAGGUGUGUAUGCUUGUGCGCAUUGUGUGUUGAGAAAUCUCUGUACUAGCAGUGUUUUUUUUAAUAAAAGCCACAUUCUCAGAUCUGAUUACAUACAUGUGAAAACAACUACAGACAUAUAACCUGUUAGAAAUGACAUGCCUAUAUAUUGGACUUUGUAAAGCUUUUGAAUAUAUGUAUGCAGGGAAUCACCAACUUUCAACAAUUUAAUUUGUAACUCUCAGUGUUUACAGCCUUUUUUAAUAAAUAAAACUCCCACAGUGAUGACCAAAA